CUUCAAUCGCAGUCUGCAUUCUUUCUUUCCUCUUUUACGCUCAAAUAUCGCGUCAAAAUCAACCCACAUAAAAGCUUGCGCACUCGUGACUGCCUCUCCCACAUGAUCAUGAUAGGCAUCCCAUCUUCAAAUUUGCCUCCUCUUUCGUUUCCCGAAGUUUUCUACCUCUCCCACAUUCAGUCCAACCCGGACCUUUGGAGUCCCGUCGCCGAUGGAGAGAUUCGCCUCGAGGCCUUGAAGCCCUACCAGGAUCAGAUCUAUCACCAGUUAUGGUCAGCGCCAAAGACGUCUGGCCAGAGGUGGUGACUAUCAACUCAUAUUCUCGUCCGAACAUUGGAGAUACGCAGGCGUCAACUGAGCUUGAAGCCGAGAAUAGAAAUGUCGACAGCCCCUCCAGUCCAUCCAUCUCACAUGAAAAGGAUAUCCAAGAUGCCAAGGAAUACUACAAAGUCUUUAUCAAAAAGAUCCGACAGGGCCAGAACGCAGGGCUUAUCGACAAGUCCGUCACAGUGGGCCCAGAUGGCCAUCUCACUUGGCCUGGGUUGGGUAAUCAGCCUGGCACAACGCCCAGUCUACCCGGCGAGAUCAACAUUCAAAAGCUGAUUGCUGAGUACGACGCCGCCGAUGCCGACCCCAAAUGUGCUCGAGAACUCAAAACUCGUAUCAACAUCUAUGAUGAAGAUUUGGGAAAAGCUCAGAAGACGGGCGACAUGCACGCCGAUCAACUCAUUGCCUCGUGCGCAGAACUGUUGGGCGUCGACGUCACUACAGAUGAUGACGGCAACGUUGAUAAAUCCUCUGACGAUGCCAUCGCCGCUAUUCGAACGGCUAACAGAGAGCUUGCCAACGUCUUAACCACGUUUACUUGGCUUAUCACUCACAUUGGGAGGGAUGGGACCGAGCCAGUAUUUAAGCUGACCAUGAAGUUGAAGUGCAAGUCGCGGUGCUUCUACGGGAACAGGUUGACGUUGUUUGGCGCGCACAUGCAAGGUCAGCCUUUGGACGAGAAGGCCAAGGAAAGAUGGGCUAGGCUCCUUGGAGAGCCUUAUAGAGGCGGUGACGACGGCGGUCGAUAA